AUGACUCUCUCCAGUGAAUUUGAAGCGUCUCAACACGCUGGAUUGCCCGCAGAGGAGGAUGAGAUUGACAUAGUGGGCGACGAGGAGCAGCAUGUCCACGGACGGUUAUAUCGUAAUGAGUCCUCUACGGACCCUGGUUCCUCAGCAGAAUCUGGCGCUGAAUUCGACUCCUCAGAGCCAGAAUCCUCCGGAGAAAGUGAGAACAGUUUCUGCGCAGACGCACCGCCGUCCAGGAAAGCCCAGAGCAGCUCGGUGAAGCCCCCCUACUCCUACAUUGCCCUCAUCACCAUGGCCAUCCUGCAGAGCCCGCAGAAGAAGCUGACGCUGAGUGGCAUAUGUGACUUCAUCAGCAACAAGUUUCCCUACUACAGAGACAAGUUCCCCGCUUGGCAGAACUCCAUCAGGCACAACCUCUCCCUCAACGACUGUUUCAUCAAGAUCCCGAGGGAGCCUGGAAACCCGGGUAAAGGCAACUACUGGUCUCUGGACCCUGCCUCAGAGGACAUGUUCGACAACGGCAGCUUUCUUCGCCGACGGAAGCGAUUCAAGAGAAACCAGCCCGAGUUUGGCAAAGACGGACUUAUGUUUUAUUCCGGCAUGAACUGCUACCGGCCGUACGGGCAGCCAUACGGCGUGCAGGGCCAGGUCAGCCCCACACCUGCUGCUCCUGUGAGGUACGUGCCUAUGCAGGAUGGCAUCAUGAUGCCUCCUUCUUCCUACCACCUUUUACCACAAGUUCUGAACAGUCACGGGAAGUGCGGUGGGCCUAAAGACUUCAGAGCGCAGUUGUGCGCAGCAGAACCCGCUGAGCCAAAGCCUGGCCCGCAGGCAAGGUGCUCCUUCAGCAUUGACAGCAUAAUGAGCAGACCCUCUACUAUCAGCCAGCAGAACCUAAAUCCUCAGCAAAGCGCCCCCAGCGCUCUUGGAUACGGUCAUCUCAUGUCAGGCCCCACUGCUUGUUUGGUACCGACGCUCCUGCAAACUUCCAGGACUCCAUUCUGUCCUCCUCCCCUGCUGAGCACUGCUCCUUUAAUAAAUGAGCAUCUCAGACUCUCCUACCCUCGCUGCUGAAGCCAUUUGCCUAUAAGAAACUGUACAAUGUUUGAUGCUAUGUGAGGAUACGUUUGUGUAGCUCAUUUCUUACAGAAAUAAUUUAAUUGCAUGAUAUUUAUGUGCGUUGAGAUUCAAAGUUCUGUCUUCAAAGAGAGCAAUGUAAAUAAGAUGAGUGGUAAUAUAUAUUUGUGAAAGUCGCUGCAAUAGAAAACCUGCUCGAUUCAUAUGUUUUUUUUUUAUUAUUGUUAUUUUUUAAGUAAUGUGACUAAAUAAAUGUCCGAAAAAUAACUUGCGGUUUGUGUGAUAUGUGGGGCAGUUUGUGGAGUUGUAAAAGAAAGAAUAUGUUACGGUAUGUAUAAUAUACGACUUGUCAUUAAAAUUUUGUAAGCAGG